UACACUGAACUUUUCCACUGGUCCACUCGGGUUCUGCUGAACCAUUGCUGUGAUUUUCGGGGCUUGGCUCCUCCGUUUUUCUUCUUUUGCUGAUUUAAGAAAGGAAAGAAAGGAUAUUUAUCAUGGGAACACCAAAAAUGGCCAACCGCAGAGCUUCCAAAAGAAUAUUGAAGCCAGUGAUUGAGAAGAAGAGGAGAGAUCGGAUUAAUCAGAGAUUAGACGAGCUGAGGACUCUUCUUCUGGACAACACGCUGGAUUCGAGACUCCAAAACCCCAAACUGGAGAAAGCUGAGAUCCUGGAGCUCACAGUCGAUUAUAUCAGGAAGAGAUCGAGCAUCGGGACAGAAAGCAAAGAUUCCAACAAGGAUUCGCUGGAUGUCGUCGCUCCGUUACCGACUUCCAGGAAGCCUCGCCUUCCCUGCAUCUCCAUCCACGACCCAACCAGUCUCCAGACCAACAGCUCGCUCUACACCGCCGGAUUUCAGGACUGCAUCUCGCGCCUCACCGGCUUCAUCGACUGCGUGGAACCAUCUCAACGCGAGAACUUCGUCCAAGGACUACGACACCACCUGGACUCGCAUUCCCUCCGAGUUCCCAGCAACCCUUGGGCCUGCGGAACGCCGGAGCCGUUCUCCUACACCGGCAACCACCAGCUGUACCCCAAUUCGUUCGUCCUCCAUCACCCCCACCCUUACCCUUCCCCACCGUACUCCCUGUCCCCGCCCCCAUCACCCUGCUACUCCACCACCUCCCCCACGUACCUCACCAUCCCCUGCCACUUCCCCUUCCCCCCGUCCGUAUCUCCUCUAUCUUCCGAUUCCUGUUCCUCCACGUCCCCGCCAUCCUUCUCCUUCGCCACUUCCACUCCAAUCCUCAACCUGGCGUCGGCCCCCAAACCUCCACCCAGCGCCAGACCGCCGACGCCGCACCGGUCCAUGGAUCCCGCACCGGUUCCGGCUCUGACCACCAGCUCCUGCCCCCCACAGAGGACUCUGAGGAGAGCCUUGUUCCAAAACCAGCAACAGAACAUGUGGAGGCCGUGGUGAAUAGUGAUUAGUGAUUGGACACUACAAAUGACACUUCGCUUCAGUUGACUCUAGUCGGGCCGGGUAGAUCAUGUUGGUCAAUGGUCUUUUGGUCUUACGUUUUUUGGCGGUGGUCAAAAGGUUGCAUUCAGGUUAAAAAUGGUGCCCUACUGAAAAAGAAUGGCUUCUGGGACUAAGAAAGUCAAGGGAUUGGGCUUGAGCUCGGGUUUGGGUUUAAGCUUGGAUUUGAGCUUGAGUUUGGGCUUUGGCUUGGGUUUGGGCUUGGGUUCACACCUAGGUUUGAGCUUUGGCUUGAGCUUGGGUUUGAGCUUUAGCUUAAGCUUGGGUUUAAGCUUGGGCUUGGGUUUGAGCUUGAGUUUGGUCUUGGGUUUAAGCUUGGGCUUGGGCUUAGGUUUGAGCUUGGGUUAACGUCUAGGUUUGAGCUUGAGCUUGGGCCUUGGCUUGAGCUUUGGCUUUGAUUUGGGUUUGAGUUUGAGCUCGACCUUUGGCUUGGGCUUAGGUUCAAGCUUGGGCUUAGACUGGCGUUGAGACUAAAACCUAGACUAAAAAUGUUAGAAUUCUUGGGGAAUCUUAAGUAGAAAUUCGCUAGAAUUUUAUUCUGCAAUUUCUGUUAUAAAUUAUUGAGAAUUUACUUGGGAAAAUUUACGUAAGUUAUGUAACAAUGUAUUAAAGAAGAACGUAGGGGGUGUCCCAAUUGCAUAUUAAUAGGUAUUACUAAAUUAUUAUAUGAGUUUUUGCAUAAAAAUGCAAAAAGUGUCAAAGUUUAAAUAUUUAAAUAUACUUAAAUAUCCACUAAUUACGAUACAGUCUUCAAACU